CCCUUUGGCCACUUGCUUGCAUGCACGCUUCGCGCCUUUUUCUCUUCUAUUUUUCUCUGUUGCUCCGUCUCUCUCUGUGUUCUCUCUCUCUCUCUCCCCCAAAGAAUAAGGCAUUGAUUGUUGAAGGCAAGGCUCACCCGGUAACUGACGUACUCUGUACGUUUUCCAUGUAUUAUGCGUGUUGUGUAAAUAUGCGUGCUUGUUGAUUAUCCUUUGUUUUGUUCUUGUUUUCUGGGUUUUCAGAGGAAAGAUUGAGGACCGAUGAUGGACUAUAGCUUGCCUAUAGCGAAGAGAACCAGGCAAGGGAGAGCCCUAAUUUACGAGGAGUACCAUGAGAAGAAGAAGAAGGAGAAGAGGAAGGAUAAUAAUGGGGUUGACUCGGUCACUCCAAGCGUACCCAGUAGAGGUAAUAGGAAGAAAUUGGCGGAGAUGGUUCAAGGCAUUAGCUGGUCUGAGAGAUUAGGGGCUAACUGUAAAAUGAAGACUCAGAGUGAGACUGUUUCUAUGCCUGGUAGAAGUGAGGAGGCCAGUGUGGAAGAGAUUCGUGUGAAUGAUUGCGCAGAAGAAGGCAGUGAAUCGAUGAAUUUGGUGGGCAGGGAGAGUCAGGGGUUGAAGAAUAAGGAAUGUUCUAAGAUGGAAUUUGAGGGAAUGGAUAAUGUGGAUGAGAUUAUGGUGGAUGAUAGCGAGGAAGAUGUGGUGUUUUUGGCUGAAGGGGUAGGUUUGGACUGCGUGAACUCGAAUUCUUCGAGACUGACAUUGGGGUUGCUGAGAGAUGAGGGUGUUGUUUGUAUUGAUGCUGAUGAUGAGACUGAUUUGAGUGUGAAACAUGUGAAUGAAAGUGGUGUUUUGAAUUACAAUGGGGUGAGGGAUAGUGAUGAAAUGAUUUCAUCGUUGAAGGGAAAAGUUGAGAGUAGUUGCUUAAUUUUUAAUGAUAGGGAUAGUAAGGGUACGGCGGCCAGGACUCGGUCGCGGUUCAGAUUGUUGAAAAGGAAUGAGAAUGAGGAUGGUGGUGAUGAUGCUGCAUCGGCUUUUUCGAAGAGGAAUAAUGAUAAGGAUGUUGGUGACAAUGUUCUCUCUGAUUGGCUGAGAAGGAAUGUGGAUGAAGAUGAUGGUGAUGAAUUUAUUUUGGAGACAUCAUUGGAAUCGUCCUCUAGUGAAGAUGACAAUGAUGAUGACGAUUAUGAAGCGGAACAAUUGCAAAGCUGCGGGGGUUCCAAGAAGUUCAGUUCGAAUAGCAGUAGUCAAGAGGAUGAGGAAGAGGAAGUUGCUGCAGAAAGCAAGAAUAUGAACAGAGGACGUAAAAAAAGAGGAAGGCCUAAAAGAGUUGACGCUGGGGUCAAGAUGAGGAGAUAUGGAUUGGACUUUGUGGUGUAUAGUGACAGAUAUAUCGACGUUAAUAAUCACGAAGAGGGUUCUGUUAAUGUGCUUCAUGAUUAUGUAGCAAAACGAACCCGUUCCCAUUUUAUUUCAAAAUGGAGAAAGAAGAAAAUGAAGCUUGGAACUUUUAGUCACCCUUUAUGUGUUGAUGAGGAGGAAAUAGAGUCUUCAUCUGGACAUGAUGACAGUAAUGAAGGCGGUGAUGAUGCUUAUGAGAAUGAAGAUGAUUUCAGUGAUGACGAGGCUUAUCAUGCUGGCAAGAAAACUGUGUCUACUAGAAGCAAAUAUAAGAGUGACAAAGGUAAUCGUGGUGAACGUGUGCAAUCCACCAAGAGGAUGCCCACCAAAUGUAAGGGCAUCCGCUGGGAAAAAAGUUGUAAUGUCAUGAAGAUUCUUAUAGAUUCCAUUUUGGACAAGGAAGAAGUUCGUCUAGAAGAGUUGGCUUCUUCUGGAGAUGAGGCUUGCAAAGAUGAAAGCAAUCCAUCAGUUGCCGAGACGCAUCUACCCCUGAAGUUCACGUUUGGAAUUGAGGAGUCAAAUUCACCAAAGAAAUCAGAAGAUGAUAAGAAAAUGGAUGAACUUUGGGCUGAGCUUGAGCUUGCACUCAGAGCUAGUGAAAUUGGUUCGAUCGAUUCUGUUAAGGUUGAAAAUGAAGAUGCCCUUCCUCCAGAGGACGAUGUUGAUAGCGCUACCCUUUGCCACCUAGGGAAUCAUCAGAUUAUUCUUGAUGAACAAGUUGGAUUUAGAUGUGCAUUUUGCUCUUACGUCAAAAUGGAGAUCAAGUAUAUUCUACCAUCUUUUAGUACACAUCCUUGUGGAAAAUCAGACUGGAGGGACUCAGGGGGGGCAAUGAAUCACUCCAUCUUUGAUGAGCUUGGUUCUCAAGAUUCUCUUUGCGAUUCCUACCAUGACUGUGGAUCCCGAGAGCAUGCUGAAGGCACAGUGUGGGACAUCAUUCCAGGAAUAAAAAGUAGUAUGUACUCGCAUCAACGUGAUGGUUUUGAAUUUAUUUGGAAGAACAUAGCUGGAGGAAUUUAUCUUGACGAGUUAAAAAACCAAACUACUUUCUCUGGUGGAAAUGGGUGCAUUAUUUCUCAUGCUCCUGGGACCGGGAAGACCCGGUUGACAGUUGUUUUUCUCCAGGCAUACAUGAGCUUGAAUCCAGGAUGUAGACCACUAGUUAUUGCUCCUUGCAGCAUGCUCCUUACAUGGGAAGAGGAAUUUCAAAAGUGGAAAUUUAACAUUCCCUUUCACAAUCUGAACAAGCCAGAGCUGUCUGGCAAGGAAAGUAAGUUCGCUGAUUACAUUGUGAGGCAAGUUGGACACCUGGAGAAAACAGAUAUCCGUAUCUUGAAGUUGUAUUCCUGGAAAACGGAUAGAAGCAUUCUAGGGAUGAGUUACAAACUGUUUGUAAAACUUACUGGUGAGAGAAAGGGUGAAUUGAAGGUAAGUAAGCAACAUGCUCACCUCAGAAAAAUCCUCCUUGAGCUUCCUGGUAUUGUAGUCCUCGAUGAAGGGCACAUACCUCGGAAUUCUGACAGCCAUAUUCUGCAGGCUUUGUCAAAUAUCAAAACAGAAAAGCGAGUAAUCCUUUCAGGAACUCCUUUUCAAAACAAUUUUGAUGAGCUAUAUAAUACUCUCUGCCUUGCAAGGCCAAAGUUUGCAAACAUAAGACAUCGAUGGGGCUCUCUUACAAGUUCCAUUACCAAAGCCACUGAUGACAGGCUGAAAUGUGAGAAACUGAAGAAGGUUAGAGAUAUGAUUGAGCCAUUUGUGCAUGUACACAAAGGUUCCAUACUACAGGAGAAACUUCCUGGAUUGAGGGACUCUGUGGUUAUAUUGAAGCCAGCCCAACUGCAGAAGAGCCUCUUUGAUGAACUCAGUCAUUAUGCUAAAGGGAACCAUUUUAAAUUUGAGCAUUAUGAGUCUUUGAUAUCUGUCCAUCCUUCAAUCUUGCUUAAGUGUGGGGGGAAGGAGUUUCCUUCUGACCGGGAUAAGUUAGGAGGAUUGAAUCCAGAGGCUGGAGUAAAAACAAAAUUUUUAAUGGAACUCAUCCAGCUUAGUGAGGCUAUGAGUGAGAAAGUAUUGGUUUUCAGUCAAUAUCUUCGUCCAUUGACCUUCGUGAUGAAUCAGCUUAAGUCUCAUUUUAAUUGGACUGAAGGGAAUGAGGUGCUGUAUAUAAAUGGAAAGAAUGAUGCAAAGGAGCGCCAAUCCUCAAUUAAUGUUUUCAAUGAUCCCAGUAGCAACAUUCGGGUAUUACUGGCAUCGACAAGGGCUUGUUCUGAAGGUAUAAAUCUGGUUGGGGCUUCAAGGGUUGUUUUAUUGGAUGUGGUAUGGAAUCCAUCGGUGGAAAGACAAGCUAUAAGCCGUGCGCAUAGGCUAGGGCAGGAAAAAGUAGUGUAUGUUUACCAUCUCAUUGUCUUUGGGACAAAGGAAGAGAAGAAAUAUUAUAGGCAAGUUGAGAAGGACUUGUUGUCUGAGUUGGUAUUCUCUUCUUCUGACAUGAGUGAUGACCAGCAGAAACUCUCACCUUCAGACCUGCAGGAUAAAAUUUUGGAAGAAAUGGUUCAACAUGAGAAACUUAAACAUAUGUUUGAGAAGAUAGCAUACCAACAUAAAGAGUCCAAACUAAUUGAGACGUUUACCUUGUUGGAAAAGCGAUCUGUUAUAUCAUCAUCUAGUUCUUGAGGCUGAAAUCAUUCUCUGUUUGGUUCAAAAAGUCUGGUGGCAUUAAAAGGGUUCCAGAAAAUCUUGAACAGUGACAGUAUAUGAUGGAAAUUAUGCGAAUGACAUGCUUCAUACCUAGUCUGCACCCCUUUUAUUUUUUCCCAAGCCAUAUUCUUUUUCUAGAAUAUUAUUAGCUGGUUUUCAGAAUUUAUAGCUUAGUCAGAGUUUGAUGCAUUUCAAUGUUCCACCUGUGCUUCUGGUGUAUGCUCAUGCUAUACACACAACAGUAACUUUUGGGAUGGGAUUGUGGAGCAUUGGUAAUGUGGUGAGUUACAUAUAUAUAUAAUAGGCAAAGAAGAACGAUCGUAAGAUGAAAAUAGACACCGAGAUUGAAACCACCAAAUUUCAUCCAGCUUGCUUUUAUUUCUCCUGUUUUGCCCAACAUGCUUGGGAUAUAUAUCAUACAUUUGACAUUGAGUUUGUUUAGGUCAGUGACUAAGAGAUGGACUUGCAUUGGCUUCCUGGUAGCUUCAUCCCUCCCCACUUCCAAAACAAAACCCUUCAUAAAAGGUGGAAAUUUGACCACUGCAAUUGUAUUCUGUUAUUUUUUCUCACAAUGAACUAGCUGCCCUUGAAAGGGUUAUGAUAUGUGGCAAAAACUGUAACACCAUA